AUGAAGAUAUAUUAUAUUGGAAUCUUAAGAAUAACUGGGGAAAAGGCGCUAGAAUUGACUUCUGCGAGAGACCUAAGCCAGUUUUCCUUUUUUGAAAGAACUGGGGUUUCACAGUUCAUGACAUUUUUCUCAGAAACUGUGUCACAGAGAACUCAAGCAGGUCAAAGACAGAGUAUUGAAGAGGGCAACUACGUGGGCCAUACUUAUGCUAGACUGGAGGGGUUAGCAUGUGUCAUUAUCACUGACAAGGAGUAUCCAGUGAGGCCAGCAUACACGUUAAUUAAUAAAAUUCUAGAGGAGUAUUUAGCUUUGCAUCCUCAGCUGGAAUGGGAGAGUAUUACUGCCACAACCCCUGCCUUGCACUAUGAUACACUCGAGCAAUAUUUGAAGAAGUACCAGGAUCCAAGUCAAGCAGAUUCGAUCAUGAAGGUCCAACAGGAAUUGGACGAGACAAAGAUUGUGUUACAUAAGACUAUUGAGAGUGUUUUACAAAGGGGAGAGAAACUAGACUCGUUGGUUGACAAAUCUGAAGCUUUAUCGAGUUCCUCUAGAAUGUUUUACAAGCAAGCUAAGAAGACCAACUCUUGUUGUACAAUUAUGUAA